UGUGUGUGUGGCGUUCGGGAAAUGACGAAGAAGAAGUAGAAGUAGCGUGUCUCUUCGUCGCUAUGGUGAACAGCUGAAGCCGUUGUACGAGUGCGGCUUAUUUCGAGGAGCACUGGCGUGGGACGUCGGCGUCUAGGGAGGGAACCUCUCUUCGCGUCGGUCGCGCUCAGCGUCUAGGCCUACUCUCAAGCGUAGCGAAGCUCGUCACCACGGUGCAACUACGGAGCGAAAUGAACGCGACGCGCGUGCGGUACGUGCUCUGCACCGUCUGGCAACGCCCGGAUUUGAAAGUGGCCCCGUGAAACUGUGUCAGCAGUGGUAGUUCCGCCGCCUCCAACUGCAGGCCGUCAAGCGAUCGCACGAUGUUGCUGCGUAGUCGUUGCAGCGGUGUCAACUGCCGCUGCGAGACGGCGCAUGCUCAUCAUCAUGGUCGAAAAGCUCGGCCAUCUCGAUUGGAUCAGCGCAGAGGCGACGCAGCGUAUCGCGAUUCUCAGGGCGACAACUCCAAGAGCGGAGAGCCGAGCUCUGGCUCCUUCUCACCCUUGAGGCAUUCAACCCCACUAAGACCACGGAACUCACUGGAGAUUGCCAGGAGAACGGGAAAGUACUCUGACCUGUCUGAAGACUUGUCCCUGCUGUAUUCGGAAAGCAGCCAGACUACAACACAGUCAUUGGGGAUACUGAGGUCUUCGGAUGCCACUAAACUGCAGGCGAAGCAGGUACACUUUGCGCCUGUCGUCCAGAACGGAAGCCCUCGCUAUAGCCUCUACAACGAGACUGACGAGUCCGAAAGCGAAGUCGUCAGUAGCUGGGGCUUCAAGCAGGGAGUUCCAAACGGCCUGCACGGCGCAGCUGACUCCCUCAACCUUGCACAGGGGCAGUGGUCGGCCAGCGACUCCACCACUACCAUCACCACCACAAUAACCUCUGUGACAGACAUGCCACGUAGUAGAGGCACACCUCUCUACUCUGACACCGAAGACAGCGACAACGACAUUAGCACCACCACAAGGCAGCGAUGGCCCCAGCAUGCGCGUCCGCGUCCAGUUUACUUUGUAAACACGAGGGGCCACACCGACGGCACAUCGCCUGCUCUGCCCACGGCCGAUCAGCACGAGCAGCUGCAGCAACGGCGAGAGGCGUGGCUCGCAGUUGCGGGAAGAGACCGAAGCGUAGCCACGGCAUCCACUGGACACUGGAGUCUAACGCGCACAGCUACCGACAUCUUCUUUGGGUUCUGGAAACUAGUUUACAUGAUGGCUGCCACGGUGAUGGUCACCGAUGCCUGGCUUCUUUCAAGAAUGACACCACAGCGCCGCAAGCGCCUAGCAGUGUGGAUCCUUGCGCUCGUCUUGAUCCCCCUUUUGGCCUGGUUCUUCUAUGAAGAGAAUGGAGUUUCCUUGCCCUCAGUGCAGACUAUGUUGGCCUCGGCUGGCAGCCAGGUCUAUGGGGUGGCAGUGGAGACGUUGAACGCAGUGGCGGCCACCAUGGUGUCCUGUUUCCCGCCAGCGUGGCUGUCAAGGCCCUCUGCAGGUGUUUCGUCACAGUCCUCGGGGACCUCUGCAAAGCUCGAACAGUCUCAAUCAGUGGAGCAGGUGUCGCUCUCGGAAGAGCGUAUUCGCGUUCUCGUGGAAACGGAAUUGAAACGCCUCGCCCCGACUCUUGCGGCCAGCUUACGUGGCAAUGAGCGGCCAACUGUUCAGAGCAGCGUGAGUGAGGAUGAAGUGAGAGAGCUGAAGUUGGAGCAGGAGAAACAAAGGAGCACGCUCGACAGCAUUGUCCACGUUUUGGAGGACAAACAGGACUGCUGCCCUGAUGUGGCUGCACUGCUGGCUGGUCUGGACUUGAGGAUCAUUGCCAAGGUGCUUGAGGUGCUCAAUGACACCUCGGCGAAGUCUCCCAGUGGCCAGCUCCAUCGGUGGUUGAGCCAAGAGAUGGACCGGCGGGAGGACCGCUCCAAAGUAGACCGGGAACGUCAUCUGGCCACCCUUCUGGAUGGCCAUCGUAGCAGCCUCCAGAAUAAAGUAGGGGAAGCUUCUCGCCUGGCCUCCCAAGCACAGAGGGAAGCACAGGAGGCAAGGCAGGUGGCAGAAGUAGUGAAAGAGGAGGUACGGCAGGCACGCCAGACGGUGACUCUACCAACCGGCAGCACGGCAGACUUGGACACGAUCACACGGGUGGUGAAAGAGGCCCUGGCCAAAUACGAUGCAGACAAGACUGGCCUACCGGACUAUGCCUUGGAAAGUGCUGGAGGCAGCGUGGUAAACACACGCUGCACGGACACUUACAGUGAGAGGUCACCAAAGUACUACAUGUUUGGCCUUCCCCUGUGGACAUUUUACCGCACGGCAAGGGAGGCUAUAACGCCGGGCAUGCACCCUGGAGAGUGCUGGGCCUUCCGGGGAUCUCGGGGACACCUGGUGGUGAGGCUCGCCCAGCCCAUCAGGGUGACGGCCUUCAGCGUGGAGCACAUCUCGCGAUUGCUGGCCGGCUCAGGCCAUACGAGCAGCGCACCAAGGGAGUUCGAGAUGUGGGGUCUUGACUCGGAGACGGACUCAGCAGGGCGACUUCUGGGAACCUACGCGUACGACGCAGAGGGUGACACCCUCCAGUACUUCAUCGUUCAGGAUGCCAAGCAAGCAGUGUAUGAGUACGUGGAAAUGAAGAUCCUGAGCAACCAUGGAAAUCUGGAGUACACGUGCCUCUACCGGCUGCGCGUCCACGGGCAACCUGUGUAGCAAGCCAUCUGUGGCCAGAUCCUUGAAAGCCACGUGGAAAGGUGGGGAAGGGGGCAGGCUAUGUUUCCUCGGCAGACUCUGAGGUGCGAUGGUGGGGUUGUGCCUUUGACAGUUUUCGCGCCAUCGUGCUUGCAGUUGCCGAAGGGGAUGACCCGUGGCUUUGAACUGGUGCGUUGCUCAUCUGUUCAUGUGUACUGUGGUGCACAAAGUUUUUGAAGUGUUGACUCGCCUGGAGUGUUAUGUUGCAGUGCUCCACUCCUUACCAACUGCUACAUGCUUGUGAGUCGUCGUUAGAAUGCCUCGAGCAAUUGUACGGUCAUGGUCCAGACCGUGGAAGGCUACUGACGCUGCACUCUGGAACACUCGCCGUAUGGCAGAAAGCAACCCACUCUGCUCUUGUCAUGAAAGUGUUGUGUUGUGAUGUGGUGCGUAGCACUUGGGGCCGGUCACAUCCACACUUUUUUUUAAGAUCUGACUAUGUAGGGUAGCAGCACUGGCGGUGCUUGUGCAUUGUAAGUGAACGGAGUUUAGUCAUCUUUUGACCACAUACAUGCCUGCGUUACGGUUGUGCAUUGCUGCAAAGAUGUCUUGUCUUUAAAGCGUUGUUUGAUAAGUAAUUGCCAUAUUUUUUUAUUUUCAUUUUUGAAGCCAGGGCACAACCAAGCUAGGAUAAUGUGCUUUUUUUUUUGGAUGCACAAAGUUUUGGUCUGUCGUUUGCACUGAAGAGAGGCAUAGGCUAUUAUGGCAGAGAGUGCCUGAACAAAAAGAAAAGCACCUAUUGUUUUAUUGUGUGUGCAUGUUUUUGCGUUGGCUUCUAGAUGCAAGCUCUCAAACUAUCGCAACAGGUCACAGAAGUGUUCGCAUGGUAUGUUUGUGUUCAAGUGCAUUUGUGGGCUGUUCGUAGAGAACUCAACUGCCACAACCACUUGAGAGUAAGACAUAAACUUUUUGUUUGUUUCUCAUCGUGCGCACAAGCAGGUUUUGCACAAAUACUUGUAGAUAAAAUUUUCGUUCUAGGGGUUACAGCACUGCCAUUUCUUUUUAUGCCUCGUGAGCCUCAAGCUACGCUUGUAAGGAACAUUAGCGUUUGACUGUGCAAAGCCUGUCACAGGGACUGCUGAGCCUAAAUUUGCAGUCUGCAUUUGUUCGAUUAUUUACUUAGUAAGCACUUGGAAAGUACCAAGCAGAAAUAUGUAAUUCUUGAGGUACAUUGCAGGUACAGGCAAACUUGAGCAAUGUGUAAAAAUUUAAGGCACUUGUCACUAAAACAUCUGCCUACUUCAACACGGCAAGAAAUUCCAAAAAGUGCAUCUAUUCACAGUAAAAGCUUUCAAUGGACUUGCAUUCAUCGAAACCAUUUCAGGCCCGAACAUUUUAAGGUAUCUGGUAAGAACCGGUUAUAUUUUAGCGAAUACUUUUUUAGCAUCGAUUCCACGCUGCGCUGUAAAAGGUUCUGCACCGUCUUGAGUCGAAUCAUUUUAUUUGGUUGCUUUGUGAUUUUAAAAAAAAGCCAACAAAAUAGUUUGGCUAGCAGAUGUGAUUUAAAAAAAAAAGACAACAAAAUAGUUUGGCUAGCAGAUAUUGAAUAUUAGACGUCAUUCAAGAGGUGGCAUUCUUAUGUUUUCGUGGGCCUGCUAUACCAUAAGUAUUGGUGACAGUUAAGUAGCAUAAGUAUGUCCUGGGACAGCCGUUGAAAUUUUCAUUGCUAUAAUCUUGCAACUUGCAAUGUUUUGUGAGUGCAUUAGAUUCUAGUUGAAGAGAACCUGAA